AUGUCAACAAAUUUGAGAGCAGCAAAAGCUCAACUUCGAGAAAAAGUGAAAAAUAUAUUGGAGAGUAUUGAUGUCAUUGAAAAAAAGCGACAAUCUCAAGUAGUGUAUGAAAAGUUGAUGUCUUUACCACAAUACAAUGAAAGCAGAAGAAUUUCCAUCUAUUUAAGUACAUCAAAUGAGAUUGAUACAAUAUCUAUUUUAAAAGACAUAUUUGCAAAAGGAAAAGAAGCAUUUGUUCCACGUUAUAACAAAAAUAAAAUGGAAAUGGUUCAACUUUAUUCAAUGGAAGAUUUUGAAAAAUUGCCAUUAACAAAAUGGAAUAUCAAACAACCAGCAAUUCAUGAAAAUAGGGAAGAUCCUCUUGAGACUGGUGGCUUAGACUUGAUGAUACUGCCAGGGAUGGCUUUCACAAAAAAUGGAAAAAGAUUAGGUCACGGGAUGGGUUAUUAUGAUAAAUAUCUUGAAUCUAUCGCAUUGCAUAAAAAACAAAUGCCUUAUUUGAUAGCUUUAGCUUUCAAAGAACAAUUAUUUGAAGAUAUUCCAACAAAUGAAAAAGAUAUUAUUCUUAACACAGUCCUAACAGAGUAA